GGUCAGCCGCACAGAGUCGCCCGGUGGCCGCGGCAGACGGAAGCGGAGCGCGAGUCCGGGCGGCGGCGGCAGGAUGGGGGACUCCAAAGUAAAAGUGGCGGUGCGGGUCCGGCCCAUGAACCGACGAGAAAUUGACUUGCAUACCAAAUGUGUGGUGGAUGUUGAUGCAAACAAGGUUAUUCUUAAUCCUGUAAAUACGAAUCUUUCCAAAGGAGAUGCCAGGGGUCAGCCGAAGGUGUUUGCUUAUGAUCAUUGUUUCUGGUCCAUGGAUGAAUCUGUCCGAGACAAGUAUGCAGGUCAAGAUGAUGUUUUCAAGUGCCUUGGGGAGAACAUCCUUCAGAAUGCUUUUGAUGGCUAUAAUGCGUGCAUCUUUGCCUAUGGACAGACAGGCUCUGGAAAAUCUUAUACUAUGAUGGGCACAGCUGACCAACCUGGAUUAAUCCCAAGACUCUGCAGUGGACUCUUCGAUCGAACCCAGAAAGAGGAAAAUGAAGAGCAGAGUUUUAAAGUAGAAGUGUCCUACAUGGAAAUUUAUAAUGAAAAAGUUCGAGACCUUCUUGAUCCCAAAGGGAGCGACAGAAACAGCUAGAGAGCCUUGGGAUAUCGCUUCAGUCUUCAGGAAUCAAAGUUGGGGAUGAUAAGUGCUUCCUGGUUAAUCUGAACGCUGACCCUGCUCUGAAUGAACUUCUGGUGUACUACUUAAAGGAGCAUACAUUGAUAGGGUCAGCGAACUCCCAAGACAUCCAGCUGUGUGGAAUGGGAAUUCUUCCUGAACAUUGCAUUAUAGACAUCACCUCGGACGGCCAGGUUGUGCUGACUCCUCAAAAGAACACCAGAACAUUUGUGAAUGGGUCCUCUGUGUCCAGCCCCACACAGCUGCACCACGGGGACAGGAUCUUAUGGGGAAAUAACCAUUUCUUCAGACUAAAUUUGCCCAAAAAGAGGAAGAAAGCAGAACGAGAUGAUGAGGAGCAGGAUCCCUCCCUGAAGAACGACAGCAGUUCUGAGCAGCUGGAUGUGGAUGGCGACUCCUCCAGCGAGGUGUCCAGUGAGAUUAACUUCAAUUUUGAGUAUGCGCAGAUGGAGGUGACCAUGAAGGCUUUGGGCAGUAACGAUCCAAUGCAGUCGAUACUCAACAGCCUGGAACAGCAGCAUGAAGAAGAGAAGCGAUCUGCACUUGAGCGCCAGAGGCUCAUGUACGAGCAUGAGCUGGAGCAGCUCCGACGAAGGCUGUCUCCUGAGAAGCAGAACUGUCGCAGUGUGGACAGGUUCUCUCUGCACUCGCCCAGUGCCCAGCAGCGCCUGCGACAGUGGGCAGAGGAGAGAGAAGCAACAUUGAAUAACAGCCUGAUGAGGUUGAGGGAACAAAUUGUUAAGGCCAAUCUGUUGGUGAGAGAAGCUAAUUACAUCGCAGAGGAACUGGAUAAAAGAACUGAAUAUAAAGUGACCCUCCAGAUUCCAGCCUCCAGCCUGGAUGCCAACAGAAAGCGGGGCUCUUUGCUCAGUGAGCCUGCAAUCCAGGUGAGAAGAAAAGGCAAAGGGAAGCAGAUCUGGUCUCUGGAGAAAUUGGACAACAGGCUGCUGGACAUGCGAGACCUUUACCAGGAGUGGAAGGAGUGUGAGGAAGACACCCCGCUAACCCGAUCUUAUUUCAAGCGUGCCGACCCGUUCUAUGAUGAGGAAGAAAAUCACAGUCUUAUUGGGGUGGCCAAUGUCUUCCUCGAGUCCCUUUUCUAUGACGCGAAGUUACAGUAUGCUGUCCCGAUCGUCAACCAGAAGGGAGAGGUGGCAGGCCGGCUGCAUGUGGAGGUGAUGCGAAUCAGCGGUGCUGUCGGGGAAAGGAUUGCAGGAGGUGAUGACCCUGCAGAGGUCCUCUGUGAGAAGGAGACCCAGGAGAACAGACUGGUCUGCAUGGUUAAGAUACUCCAAGCCACGGGGCUGCCCCAGCAUCUGUCCCACUUCGUGUUCUGCAAAUACAGCUUCUGGGAUCAGCAGGAGCCGGUGAUGGUGGCACCAGAAGUGGACACCUCUUCCUCCUCACCCAUCAGCAAGGAACCGCACUGCAUGGUUGUCUUCGAUCACUGCAGUGAGUUUUCUGUUAACAUCACUGAAGACUUUAUUGAGCACCUUUCAGAAGGGGCUUUGGCAAUUGAAGUAUAUGGACAUAAGAUGAAUGAUCCUCGGAGAAACCCAGCCCUAUGGGAUUUGGGAAUCAUCCAAGCAAAAACACGGAGUCUUCGGGACAGGUGGAGUGAAGUUACCAGGAAGUUGGAAUUCUGGGUUCAGAUCUUGGAACAGAAUGAGAAUGGUGAAUACUGCCCCGUAGAAGUGAUUCCUGCAAAGGAUGUCCCCACAGGAGGCAUCUUCCAACUCCGGCAGGGGCAGUCCCGGCGAGUUCAAGUUGAAGUGAAGUCUGUGCAGGAAUCCGGGACUUUACCGCUAAUUGAAGAAUGCAUCCUGUCUGUUGGCAUUGGCUGUGUGAAAGUGAGGCCAGUCAGGCCCCUCAAGAUGCAUGAGAACUUCCAUGAGGAAGAGGAGGACAUGGACAGCUACCAGGAUCGGGAUUUAGAGAGACUACGUAGAAAAUGGCUGAAUGCGUUAACAAAACGUCAGGAAUACUUGGAUCAGCAACUACAGAAGCUUGUCAGCAAACCCGAUAAAUCGGAGGACGAUGCUGAUCGGGAGGCACAGCUCCUGGAAAUGCGGCUGACCCUGACCGAGGAGAGGAACGCCGGGAUGGUCCCCUCCGCAGGCAGCGGCAUCCCUGGCGCUCCGGCAGAAUGGACUCCGGUGCCUGGGAUGGAAACCCACAUUCCUGUUAUAUUCCUCGACUUAAAUGCUGAUGAUUUCAGCUCUCAGGACAACCUUGAUGACCCGGAAGCUGGAGGGUGGGAUGCUACCCUGUCUGGGGAAGAGGAGGAAGAGUUUUUUGAACUGCAAGUUGUGAAGCAUCAUGAUGGGGAGGCAAGAGCAGAAGCCUCCUGGGACUCCGCGGUGCACAGCUGCCCACAGCUCAGUAAAGGCACGCCGGCGGACGAGCGCGUGUUCCUGAUCGUGCGCGUGACGGUGCAGCUCAGCCACCCUGCCGACAUGCAGCUGGUCUUACGAAAAAGGAUCUGUGUCCAUGUUCACAGCCGCCAGGGUUUUGCUCAAAGUCUCCUAAAAAAGAUGUCUCAUCGAAGCUCUAUUCCUGGCUGUGGAGUGACCUUUGAAAUUGUCUCGAAUAUUCCAGAGGAUGCCCAGGGAGUGGAGGAACGCGAAGCACUAGCCAGGAUGGCAGCUAAUGUGGAAAACCCGGCUUCUGCCGACUCGGAGGCGCACAUCGAGAAGUACCUCAGGAGCGUGCUGGCCGUGGAAAACCUUCUGACACUGGAUCGCCUUCGCCAGGAAGUGGCAGUGAAGGAGCAGCUGACGGGCAAGGGGAAGCUGAGUAGGAGGAGCAUCAGCUCCCCCAACGUGAACAGAUUGUCUGGAAGCCGGCAAGAUCUCAUCCCUCCGCACAGUCUGGGCAGCAACAAGGGCCGGUGGGAAAGUCAGCAGGAUGUAUCUCAAACACCAGUGUCCAGAGGAGUAGCUGCAGUCCCCCCAGCCCACCCUGUUUGUCCCCAAAAUAACCACUCUCCAGAGCCAGGACUCAGUAGCCUCACAGCCUCCUACUUGAAUCCAGUAAAGUCCCUGGUGCCGCAGAUGCCGAAGCUGCUCAAGUCUCUGUUCCCUGUCCGUGAUGACAGACGGGGCAAACAGCCACUGCCCCUUGCACAUCAGCCCGUGCCCCGAAUCCUGGUGCAGGCUCCUCUCCCCGACGCCCAGGCGGCCAGGACGGAGGAGGCUCAGCGAGGGAGCCUGGGGCCUGGUGUGGCCUCGGAGGCCACAGUGCCCACGGCAGCCCCUGCCAUGAAGGUGUUGGACAAGCCGGCCCCUCCACACACCACUGCUGUCACCCCGGCCCCUGAGGGGCAGGACGGGCCCCCCAGCCCCCUGAGUGAGGCCUCCAGUGGCUACUUCUCGCACAGCGUCUCUACUGCCACCUUGUCAGACGCGCUUGCCCUCAGCCUGGACGCCACGGGCCCAAGCGGGCAGACGCCCAGCUCCCCAGCUGCGCCAGGCCAGAACCCAGAGGCGGAGGUGGCCUCUCCUUCAGGCACGAAGAGCUACCCAUCGGGCCCAGAAGAGCCCUCGGCGCAGCCUGCCACGUACGCGGAGCUUGAGGUCCCCAGGCCUUUGCUGCUGCCAGACGCCCAGGCACCCGCGUCCCCAUUCAGGAUCCGGAAGGUGCGCACCUCGGAGCUGAAGUCUUUCACGCGCAUGCUGGGCGGCGGCUGCUCUGGGGCCGAGGAGGACCUGCUGGCCACGGGGGGGCCUGGCAACUCUGGGGAGCAGGCCGCCGGGAAGCCAGAAGUGGCAUCUGACUCCGAGGAAGCCAGCGAAGUGCCCGAGUGGCUCAAAGAGGGGGAGUAUGUUGCCGUGGGCACCACCAAAACGGGCAUCGUGCGGUACAUCGGCCCGACUGACUUCCAGGAGGGCACAUGGGUCGGCGUGGAGCUCGACCUGCCUUCCGGAAAGAAUGACGGCUCGAUCGGCGGGAAGCAGUACUUCAAGUGCAACCCUGGCUACGGGCUGCUGGUGCGGCCGGCCCGGGUACGCAAGGCCCAGGCUGCCGGGCGCAGGCGCAGCACGGGGCUCCGGGCACAGGGUGCCCUCGAGGUCCGCCGCAGCGCCACCCUCUCAGGCUCUGCCACCAACCUGGCCUCACUGACGGCUGCCCUGGCCAAGGCUGACAGGAGCCCCAAGAACGUGGAGAACCGGAAGUCCUGGGCCAGCUGAGUGCGGCACCUGGUGGCCAGGGAUGGGACCUCCUGAGCAGGGCCGGAAUGCUUUUUGCACGACGCAGGGCUGGUGACCCCCCUAGUUCCCUGCUCCCUGGGACUCCAGAAGCUUUGCUUCUUCCUUUUCUCGGGGGUGGAGGAUGGGGGGCUUCUGGAAGCCAGGAGGGGCUGUGGGACAGGGGCUGAGGCCCUCCGCACAGCCUGGGCCAGGGGUGUCCCUGCUGGGGUUUCGUGGUGCCCACCUGUUUUUAACUCUGUGACCCCACUAAUGUCUUAAUUUACACCCUGGCCCUGAGUGUCCUUGCCGUGCCCAGCAAGGACUCCGCCCUCCGCCCCAAGUGCCAGCUCCUUCAAGUGCCUUGGCCCACCCGCCCCGUCUCACAGGCCCCUGGCAGGGGUCUUUGUGGGUGUGCCGGCGUCUUUAAACCUGGUUACCGUGUAUUCCCUUCACAGGAUCCUUGGAACAUAUUUAUUUAUAUUUAUUUUUCCAAAUUGACAUCUCUCUCUCGAGCCUCAGUCAUAUCCACCCAAGCCUCUGCCUUCGCCCUUGGCCACCAGGCUCCUGCCUGGUGCGCGGGUGCUGGAGGUGGCUGGGCCAUAGCCCUCAUUGGUCCCUGCACCGCAGACACCCAAGUGUCCUUACUGUGCAGAAAGCCGACCGACGGCGUGGCCGGCCCUGCUGGGGGGCUGGGGGUGGUGAACGUGGCUCACUGCCCCGUUCGGUGCAGUUCGGUGUUGGGGACGUCCCGGGCCACGUUCGUGUCUGCUGGUUCCUGAGCCCCAACCGCGGCCUGGCAGGUAGCCACUGACAUCGGGGCUUGGUGAUGUCUCCGGGGCCCGGGCCCAGCCCUGAGUCGCCCCAGCCUGGCCGCCGCCUCCGAGCCUGUGGUGUGUCUCCGUUGUGCGGGAGCGGCGUGUGUGUGAAGGGGGACAGGACCUGGCCCGGGCUCCCCAGGCCCCCGUGGCCCUAGCCCAGGAUGGAGGCCAGGUGCCCUGAGUCUGGUUCCGGUUCCUCCUCUGUGCUCCUGAGCUUUCAAGAAGAGCUCUUGUGGCAGAAUCCCGGGUUCUCUGGGGUCUGAGCUGGAGGCAGGAAGCGGCGCUGGACCCUUGACUGGUUGGGGCGGCCCACACGGUGGCUCCUCGGAACACAGAGCCUCGGGUCCCCACAGCCCGGCCCGGUGCCCCGCUGGCAGCUGCGGCGUACUUAGUAUCUCUAACCCGUGUGCCUCGCCGCCCGGCAGGGCUCUGCAGCCUUCCUUGCACCCGCACAGGGCCCGGGGGCGGGGGGACACAGCAGCGUCUUCCUGUUUCCUAGGGUCUGGGCUGGCGGGCCUGCGGGGCGGACCAUCGCCCUCGCAGGGACGGUGUGGCCGUGUGCGGAGCCCCUUUCCAGGCCGGCACCGACUUGGCUUUCUGCUCGUCUUCAGGCUGGCACUUAGGGACGGCUGCCGGCGUGUCUGAAUGAGUGCUGGCAGUUUGCAGGGCCUUCUGCUCGCUCCGCCCCAUCUAGUACUGGCUGGGGUGGUUAGGUGGUGUCAUGGCCCCCUGUUCCUUGCGUGGUGUCCGGCCCGGUGGUCGUGGAAGGAGUCAGCACCCCGAGAACUCCCUGCGGGAGGCCGGCCAGGCACUGUGUAGGAGGUGCCGCCGUGGAAGUGUGAGACCCUGGGUGUCUCUCAUGUACCGAGAGACGGGCUCGCGGGCUCUGGCUGUCCAGGGCGCAGCGUGACCGUCGUCUGCAGUCAGCCGGGGGCUUGUGGCGGAGUAGGAGCUAAAGGAGUGCCAGACGGGAUGGCUGCUUGUAGUGGAGCUCGCUGGCGCUUCGGGCUCGAGCUGCCUGGUUCUGGCCCAGUCUGAUGCCCUUGGCCACCUCCACUGCCCCCCAGUGCCCAGCCACAGCCGAGCCCUCAUCCUGCUGCCCUGCGGUGUCCAGGAAGCUCCGCCUCCUGGGACACCCCUGCCUUAAAGCCCCACAGAUGCCCUGGGCCCCUGCAAAGCACCCGGGCCUGCAGGUGCCGUCCCCGCCCUGGGUGAUGCUUGCAGGCGGCACUCCACAGGGGUGCAGAAAGGUGUCCCUGAGACCUCCACUGCCCUCGCUUCCCCAGCGUGCAGCCUGGCUGGGCUUUUCUCAGAAAAAGUGUGGUGGGGGUUCACGCUGGUAGCAUGUCAGAAGCUUGUCCCGUCGGUGUCCUUGGGAGCCGCCCCGGGCUGGGGUUCCUGCUGGGGCAGCCGAGGUCGCCUCCGGCGACUCAGCCUGUGCAGGGAGCCGGCGGGGCCUGGCCCUGCUCCUCAGAUCUCACACGACCUGCGCCCCCCAAGCCCCGGUUCUGCCUUCAGAGAGCACUGCACCGUGCUGACCGCGGCAGGCAGGGCACUGCUGCCUCCCGCCCCGCACCGAGAGGCCUGGGCGGCCUCAGCCCCGCCCGCCCACGGCCCGGUGAGCAGCAGCAGCGUCCUGAUGAAGCCCACCUCGUGGUGCCGAUGGACACUGACUUGUGUGGGGCCACGGCGCUCAGUGCUGGGCCGAGAGGGCAGGGUGGGGACCCAGCUGAGACCGGAGAGGGGCUGAGGGCCAAGGCGCGGGCGGGGUUCCUGGGCUGGUCUUCGGGGGAGGACCGCGCUGUGACCCACGUGAGCGGCGGCGCAGGCUUGGAAGGCGUGGAGGUCCCGUCGCUGCCUGCUGUCUCCUCCCCUGGCUCAGGGCCUCCCAGGGUGAGAGGAGCAGCUCCGGGCGCGCCUGUGCUCCAUCGCCCGCAGCCCCAGGCCGCCUCAGCCAGGUGGGGGGCGCCCCGGCCACCUGUCGUGCUCUCCUGGGGCCAAGCGCAGCCCGCUCCUGCGCAAGACACUGCCCGAGGCAGCUUGCUUAGGAAACCGGGGCGCCUUCCUGGUGGCUGCAGACACUAACCUUUUUGGAGAGUUUCGGCUGUGCUUCCCUAGGUGUGGCUUUUGUACAUAGAAUGAGUUCACGUGUAAAGAGGUGACUUUGAUUCGAGUGGUUUGGUACACUUAAGUAGGUUAAAAAAAUCCAAAGACUCUAAUGAACUGUAAAGACCUCAAUGGUUUGUAUUGGACGAUGAACUAAACCUCUGUAAUUUUGUACCAUAUAUGCCUUUCCACCAAAUGACCAGCAGCUUCUAAAUAAAAGAUGAUUUCUUGCCUCC